AUAAUAUAUAGGUUCCAUCGUUCAAUUUUUGGAAAAACAAGAUCAUAAUCUCAUGCUAUAGGCAUCGCGGCAUCAUAAUUACGUUAGAAUUAGAAGUUGUGUUGUGUUAUUUCUAUAAUAUUGCCACGUUCAAUAACUGUCUUUUCUACAUAUAUUCUUAAAUUAGAACAUAAAAUGGAUUAACCUUAAUACGCAACGAUUACACAAUAUAAAGCAUAAUUGUAUAUAUAACAAAAGUAACAUAUGUAGGUAUGUGUACGGUAUUGUAAGGAGAAUAAAAAUAGUGUCGUUAUGCCUAAUAUAAAAAUAGAGAUAAUUUUAUCUUUGCAGGCGCAAGUGCGCAUAUACUUUUUUUAUAUCAAUUUAAGCAAUAAAAUUAUAUUUAAAAAAUAAUUAUUUCCGAGAUGGCGUUUGCCCAAAGAUCAAUCAGUUUAAUUAGUGUUAAAAAUAAUGUAAAAAAAAAUAGUUCUGACUAAUGCAUAUUAAUAUAUAUUUUGCAUGGUAAAUUUAUUCACCAGUGUGCAAAAUGUAUAUAAACGUCUAUAAUAACAAGAAGCUGUCUUUUCAACUCGUAGUUCGAUAAUGUAAACAAGUUUGUUAGAUACUGUAUUAUAACAUUAAGUAUUGUCUUUUGUGAACAUAUAUUUACCGGUAUUGAAGAAAUAAAAAUAGCUGCAGACAAAAGAUCUAAGAUGUUGCACCGACAGUUUCAAUUUACUUGGUGCAUCUGCUUAGUUGUAUUACUCUGUGUUUCUGUACAAACUCAAGAAUUUAAUGAUGGUCUUAUUCAAAUAUCACCAGCUUAUGCCAUUGCUUCAAAAGCCGACCUUCUGAACUCAACAACAUGCGGAAAAGAAUUGCAGAACUUUCGAGAUGCUGUUAAUCGACGAUUAUUGUGGAGUUUAAGAAUUUUAGAUUCCAGUGGUGGAAUUAAACCAGGUUUUCUUUAUGGAAAUAAUUAUUGGUUAGGCAGUCGUAGUCAAUGUCUCGAUACGAUGAAUAGAAGUCCUCUAAUGAUUUCACCACAGAAAAUAAUAAAUGAUAAGCAGUAUCGAGAUCCGCAACAAGAAUUUCCGCCUUUCAAAAUAAAUUACUUUGUCGCGUAUUUUAAACACAAUAGUACUUUUCAAUAUCACAUAAAUAUAUUUGACGAGGACUUAGUAACACUAGGACUUUGUCUGCCAGCAUCGUGUUCUGUAAAUAAUCUAAGUUUUAUUUUGCAAAGAAUAUUACAUGAUAAAAGCAUCUUAAUGCACAACCUUUAUUUUGUGGAUCUUUAUCUAAUUCAAGUUAAAGAUCUAGAAAGCAAUGACAAGUGGCUAUCCAAAGGUGCAUUAAUUUUUAUUUGUGCAUUUUUAGGGCUUUGUUUCAUGACAACAAUCGGAACAAUAUAUGAUAUACUGGUGUAUCAAAAAAAUGUAAAAAAUAAUGAACAGAACGAAAUUGAUGACGAUAUCAAAGACGUUUCUAAAGAAAGAGAAACAAAAUUAAAUUCAUCCUCGCAUUGGAAAAGUAUAAUUGGAAAUAUAUUAAUGUGUUUCUCCGCUUACACAAAUACGAGAAAAAUAUUUAAUAUAAAAUUAGAUGAUGGGAUAAUGGUCAUUCAUGGCUUAAAAUUUCUAAAUAUGUGUCUCAUAAUAAUGCAUCACAGCAUAUAUUACACAUUAGAUUCUCUCGAUAAUAAGAUAGUGUUGUGGAGAUUUAUUGAAAAUACUGGUUAUUUAUUAGAUGCAUUUAUUGGAUUCCUAAGUCCAGUCGAUACUUUCUUUUUUUCAAGUGGAUGUUUGGUGACUUAUUUGUAUUUGAAAAAUAAAAUACUGAUUAAACCGAUUCAAUGCAGAGAGAAAUUAACUGAAUUCUGUAUCUAUAUAAUAAGAAGAUGUUUUCGAUUGACACCGACAUACAUGAUGGUAUUAUGGAUAUCACAAGUAAGCUCCGCUUGGUUAAACAAAGUAUCGCAAAUUUAUAUGUACGAGAGGUCGCAUGAAAUUUGUGCGAAGUAUUGGUGGAGAAAUCUACUGUACAUAAAUAAUUUCUUUGAUAACGAUGCAAUGUGCAUGAGUUGGAGCUGGUAUCUAGCUGAUGAAAUGCAAUUUUAUAUAAUCACUGUGGCAAUAUUAAUUUUAUCGACUAUGUACUUUUACGCUGCUGUUAUGACAUUGGGUGCACUUUCAAUAGGCUCCAUUAUUCUUAGCGGUUAUAUUUCAUACAUUUAUACAUAUAUACCAACACCUGAUGAAACGUAUAAAUACCAAGAUAUUUUAUACAUCCCACCAUGGACAAGAAUAAAUUCAUAUAUUAUUGGAAUAAUGGCAGGAUAUACGUUAAUAAAAUUAAAUAAUUUGCUUUUGAAAAGAGAAAUUGUAAUUCUGUGUUGGUGCAUCUUUGGUUUUGCCAGUGCUUGUAACAUUUUCGUGUUAUUUUACAAGCGACUCGAAUCCGUUUUAAUUACUGCUAUCUAUGUUGCUUUUCAUAAAACAUUUUGGACCAUAGGUAUAGCAUGGAUUGUAAUAGCGUGUUCUACUAAACACGGAGGCAUUGUUAACAAAUUACUAUCGCUUAAAAUCUGGAUCCCUCUUAGCAGACUCACGUAUUGCGCAUAUCUUAUACAUCCUAUCGUCAUACGAUCGAUUCGGUAUUAUAGUGAAACAUCAAUUCAUUUUGAAGUUCUGUCUUGUAUUGUUCUGAGUGUAGGAAACAUUACAAUCAGUUACUUUUGUGCUUAUAUAUUGUCUUUGAUAGUGGAAAUACCUUGCAUCCUGUUAAUACAAAUGUUUAUACCAUACCGUAAUACGAUGCAUAGAAAAGUAUUGUAAUUUUGCAUACAGAUAUAUAAGAUACUCUGUAAUAUCAUAUGCAUGCUAGAAGUUCAGAAUUUUUUUAAUAUUUCGAAUGUACGUUUUAGAAAGAAAACUUUAAAACAAAUAUUUUAAGAUUAAGAAAAUGUUAUAUUUUUAAAAAAUUUUUGUAAAUAUAAACAAUGGAAUAAAAAAUUAAAGAAAAUAAAGAACAAUUGUAAUAAGAAACAAAAAAAUACACGUUAUUGUAAUCCCGAAUAUAUUGUUGCGCGCAGUUGCCGGCGGAAACAAAACACAUUCUUUCACUUUUAAGAAUCCGCAGAAUUUUAUUAAAAUUCAGAUAACAGUAACACAAAAGCGUUUGCCCUUGCGGCAGACCAGGCUUCAACUUCGUUGUUUUAUCGUGUCAAGCUCUUGUUAGAGUUCCUGCUCUUGUUAUAUUAACUGACAAUGCUCUUUUUCUGAAGUUAAUAUAACAAUCAGUCAACACAGUUGAACGGAUUUAAUUGGCGCAACAAUAUUAUCUUAAUAAAAUCAUUAUAUUUAUUAACGUAAUUUUAUUAAAAUAACGGCAAAUUUAUUAUCUCGAGGUUUGGGUUAACGCUGGUGACGUUAAAAAGUUUGGAUGUAUGAAGCUAGCAAAUCCAAGAAAGGUGCAUUUCUUUGAAAAUUGACAGGGCCAGGUGAAAGAAAAACAACUAAUUGUACUGCAUAUUGUCAGUACUUCUGGUUUUGUUUCUAGCGGACUUUCAUGUUUUGAAUCAAACAACAAUAGUAAUAAAAAACAAAGAUUAUCUCGACGAAGUAAAUGGCAACACAUUUCUCGAAUGGUCCAAAAAUAUUUUACUAUCGCUAGACAACAAUGUAGUUAGCAGGGAUAACGCUCCAUAUCAUUUUGUUGAGUUAGAAAAACUAUCAAUUAGUUCCUGGAAAAUAGAAAUAAUAAAAUGGUUAGAAAGUAAAAGCAUUAGAAACAAAGAAUAUUAGAGGCAGUGGUAAUGGCCAAAAUUAUAGAAAAUAAAUUGUUACGAAUUGUUUCACAACAAAACGACAAAGAUAAUAAAUAUGUUAUAAACAAAAUAUCCAAAUAGGACAAUUGAACAAUUAUUAAAUUCGUAUCAUUGUGAAUUGAAUCCAGUUGAAAUAGUAUGGUCAAUGAUUAAAGAAUACGUCAAGAGUGAUAACAAAAUUUUUUAAUUACAAAAUGUAAAAUUAUUACUUGAACAAGGUAUUGAUUAACUGACAGUUGAACAUUGGAAGAAUUUUAUUAGGCAUGUAACAGAAGAAGAGGAAAAAAUGUAGAAAAUUGAUCAUAUAAUUAAUACAAUAAUUGACGAUAUAUUUUCAUUAAUAAUUAAUGUUGCAGGUGAAACAAUUUCUUUUAUAGUGAUUAAUUUUAUAAUUUCAAUCAUAGACUUUAACUUAAACUAAAAAACAUAACUUUCAAGGGUAGGCCACCUUGGAAGGUCAAAAAAUUGAAUUUUUUGCCUUAAAUGAUAGUUUGAACUUUCAAAAAUAGUAGGCAAAUACUCGGAUUAUAAAAAUAAUUAUAGAAAUAAAAUAGAUCAUACUUUUUGAAUAUCGAGCCAUUUUUUUAUUCACUACAAGAACUAGCCCAUUUGGCUCAUAUCGAGUCAUUAUAUCGAGGCGCGUCGGAGUAACAUCUAGCGCGCUUCACAGCCGUUCCAAAAUAUUUUACUUGCCUCAUAUUUACCCGGUAGGUCAUUUACCUUUUGUAAGUAAAUCUAAAUGAUAGCACUGAUUUCUAACAGUUAUUUUAAAUAAUUAUACAUAGCGUCAGUUUAGCUGUUGUUUUCCAACUGUACAGAAACCGAUAUCACACAGUACUUUUCUUACCUUGAUUUUUUACAAUUUAUUUAAUUAUGGCGAGUAAUACUGUAUAUAGUAGUAGAAAAGGUAUAAGAGAUAGUUCUACUCGUUCUAAAAGUAGAAUUUCAAAUAGAAAGAUAAUAAAUCGAUUUAGUAAGGAAAAAGAAAGUGAAAGCGUGAGUACGUCUGCGAAGAAGUUGAAACUGUCUGAAGAAGAGUACAAUAUUAACGUAAAUGCAAGCUUUGGAUCUAGAUUUAUUGACUUUUAUACCGUUUUUUCAACAAUUUCGCAAUUAACAGUAUGCAAAAAGUGUGGUGCAAAUAUGACAUUUAACAAAGCAAUCUGUCGAGAUUUGGACUACAAGAUUGUAAUUAUCUGCGAAAAGUGUAAUCCUUCUUAUGUAAAUACAACUUCUCUUAAUAAUCAUGCUUAUGAUAUAAAUCGCCGUAUUAUUUUUGUCAUGCAAUUACUGGAAAUAGGACUGCAUGGCAUAAUAAAAUUUUGUGCUUUUACGGAUCUUAAUUCCACGUCCUAUUUUCCACUCAUUUGAUGACUUCGACAUAAGAAUCUAUCCACGGCAGCAAGUGUAUACGUGAAUAUUCUAUGAAACAGGCAGUAAUUAAAAAAAAGAAAUUGUCCGAAGAAAACGGACAGACAGAUGGAAUAAUGGUAUCCGGAUUAUGGCAAAAAAGAAAUUUUUCUUCUUUGUUUGAGAUUGCCACUCUCAUCGAUUAGAUUACAAGUAAAAUUCUUGAUCUUGAGAUGAAAUUUGAGUAUUGUGAAUCUUGUGAGUACGGACAAAAGAGAACAGAUACUGAAGAAUAUGCAGAAUGGUUCAAAUCUCACUCACAAGAGUGCCAAGCAAAUCAUGAAGGUUCAGCUGGUAAAAUGGAGGUCGACUCUGUUAUCGAAAUGUUUUCUCGUUCUAUACAAUUAUACGAUAUAAAAUACGCUAUCUACAGGUGAUAGGGACAGUAAAACUUUGAAGGACAUAACAGAAGCUAAACCUUACGAGUUUUAUUGUUAAAAAAAUGUAUUGGGUAUCUACAGAAGCGUAGAUACUCGGCUUCAAAA